AUGAGCAAAUCGCUGGACCGACGAACAGCAGCGGGAAAACGGCCAGACCAGUACCUCCACAGCCGGAAGAAGCGCGUGACGGCCCUGGCCCAGCACGAAGGCUGGAGCCCCAAGCAUUUUCGGCUUUUCGUCGGUAACCUAGGCCCCGAUGCCACCGACUCGAUUCUCCUGGCGGCUUUUUCCAAGUACGCCAGUUUGAGCAAAGCACGGGUGGUUCAGGACCGCAAGGGCGAGAACAAGGGGUACGGGUUUGUGGCGUUUGGCAAGGCAGAGGACUAUCUCAAGGCGUUCAAGGAGAUGAACGGGAAGUAUGUGGGGCAGAGGCCUGUGAUGUUGAAGCGAGCGGAGCUGAAGGCGAGGUAG